CUUUCCCAUACUUACAAGUGAUCAUGUCCAGACCACUCAAAGAAAGAUGUGUCUACUUUAGACCCCUUGGUUCUGAGCAUGAACUCUCUGUUUUCACGCGUGAACUUCGACUUCCAUUGGCCAGUUUCUCUUUUCAGCGGGUCUCACUCACCUGUGCGCUCCGUUCAUUGUGUGCUCGAUUUCGAUUUGGCCUAAUUUGACAGGGGAAGGACUGGGGUGUGGAGGGCAAGAUGACCAUUUUCCGGCCGCCAAUCGUCCGCACAGGCACGGCGGCCCUCAACCGCGCCCUCUUCUCCAAGACAGUCGACAUUGCUGCCGCCGCCGUGCUGGAUAACAGGCUCAUUUCAAAGUACAGAAAGUCACUUGAGACUGGCCGAGAGAUUCUGCAUGCUGAACGCAUCUCUCCCAUCCGGCCCCAUCCAGACAAGGCACUCGCGGAGCAGGGGCGCAAGUGUCUUCUCCUGAAUCCCAGUGUGCGGCCUGAAGCCUCGGACACAUGGGGUCCGGUACUAAAAGAAGGUGUCGCCAAUGAGGAGUUAACGGUUGUUCCCUACGCGCUGCAGCUCGACUACGACUACUGGACUUAUCGUGAUGUUAUGGACUCCAUUCUGCCUGAAGAUCUUCAUGAUGAGAUCCCCUCUGGCUUCAACAUCGCCGGUCACGUAGCACAUCUCAACCUGCGCGACAACUACCUCCCCUACAAGAACCUGGUAGCAGAGAUCAUACUAGACAAAAACCCUCAAAUAAAGACCGUCAUCAACAAGGUCGACAAUGUCGGGUCUGAGUCCGAGUUUAGGACCUUCCAGUACGAAGUCCUGGCCGGGCCAGAUGACUUGAAUGUGCAGGUGUCGGAGAGCGACUGCAUCUUCGAGUUCGACUACUCCAAGGUCUACUGGAACAGCAAGCUCGAGUCGGAACACCGCAGACUUAUCAACCUGUUCCAACCGGGCGAGGUCGUUUGCGACGUCAUGGCCGGCAUCGGGCCUUUCGCCGUGCCUGCCGGCAAGAAGCGUGUCUUUGUCUGGGCCAACGACAAGAACCCCGAGAGCUUCAAGUGCCUCGAGGCCGCCAUCAAGAAGAACAAGGUCAUGCCCUUCGUGCGUCCCUUCUGCGAAGACGGCCGCGUCUUCAUCCACCAAGCCACCGAUUCGGUUCUCGAGGCUUCACAAAAGGGCGAAUGCGCCGUCAUCACUCGCAAGGAGCCCCUGCCGCAGGCCAAACUCACCACCACCAACAUCACCACCACCGCCAACAAGACCAACAACAAAUCUUCCAACUCCCGCUCUCGCUUCGCCAUCCGCGAGGACCGCAUCCCCAUCCCGCCUACCAUCUCCCACUUCGUCAUGAACCUUCCGGCCUCGGCCAUCGAGUUCCUGCCAGCGUACCGCGGCGUCUACGCCGGGCGCGAGGCCCUCUUCGCCCCGCACACGGCGACCAAGCUACCCCUGGUGCACGUGCACUGCUUCUCGGUCAAAGCCCCCGCCCACGACGAGACGCCCGCCCGCCUCGACAUCUGCGAGCGCAUCACCAAGCAUCUGGGCUUCGCCGUUCGUCCCCGAGGCGAUGGCGAGGGUGAGGAGGGAGAGGAGGAGGAGGAGGGCUUGGUGGCGGUGCAUUGCGUGAGGGACGUGGCGCCGGCUAAGAGCAUGUAUUGUGCUAGCUUUCGGCUGCCGAGGGAGGUUGCUUUUGCUGCGAGAGGGUAAUAAAUAAGACAAGGCGGGUUGCAUGGUGGUGGAGGUUGUUCAUGGGUGGUGUUUCUUUGCUGAAGAGAGCGAGCCGUGAAGUCAUCCAUCUCGUAUCUUGGAGGCUUUUCGAUAAGAUAGGCUCUUUGUUAGCAUUGUAAAGUUUUCUGGCUUGAUUGAGAAGCACAGAUGGGUACCAUCAUUCCAGUCAGUCAUCAAGGAGCUG